GUAUCGUACCAUGCAGACAUCGAAUAUGACGUCAAAUGGACCCUGUGGGCGUUUCUGCGUGCAGCAUAUCCCUAGUUGCAAUUAAUAUCCUCUUAUUUAUGUUCACGAUCCGCAAGCUCUGGACCCUUCUUUUCGCACGGCCACACCCCUUCACAAGAUCUACAACAGGACGCCACUUCAACACCAUCUACAAAAAAGACGCUACCCCAAUAACAUCUACAAUUCUGACUACAACUUACAAAUCACUAUGCCUUUUCCAAUUAUGCCUCCCUUCUUGAUUGUUUUGAUUUACUUUGUUUUCCAUUGGAAAUCUGUCUCAUCACUGCCAACUCUCAGCCCUAUGACACAGAAGGCUGAUGAUGAAGCGUCUCACAAUGAGUUACCCUGCCACAACAGCAGUUCAGUAGCUCAUGCAAGCGAGCAAAAAGACCCAGAAUUCCUUUCUACGACCACAUUCGGGGUGUUCUCAGUUCUGCUGGCCUUUGCUUCGCUUGUUGUGGCCGUGGUCGGGGUCAUACAAUAUCGCAAGUGCCGAAACAAUCUGAAUCAAGUAAACAAUCCUGCCAGCUUUGCACUUCAAACAAUCGGUGCACCCCAAGGCGCGAUACCACCACCACUACCAAUACCUUCUCUCCCACCUCCACAUUUGACGCACCAUGGCGACCCAUCGGCCGUAGGGGCAUCGACCGCAGUAUGCGUUGCUCCAUUGACUGGUUCUCAGCAACCUGCUGCAUCUGGAGUGCCGGGCACCAAUAGCUCGGAGACUCUUGUCGCUGUUGGCCUCUCGCCGCCGCCGAGCAAGAAGAAGGCCACUCGUCCUCAGCGUCCACCACUAUCUCCUUUGCGCCUUCGAUCUUCGCUUUUGCAGGUCCAAACUUUGAGGAUGGCGGCGUGUAGCAGAACGACUACUAUGUAGUGUGGUUAUAACGUGGCUGUUCUAGAGGCAUUGAGAUGGGAUUCGGGUUUUAUGUGUCCAUUAGCGUGGCGUUAUGGGUUUAAAGCGAUUGACUUGCACUAUGGUUUUCAGGUUAUUCCCUUGAUGGGAUUUUGGCAUUGUUUUGUACUACUAUGCAUGUAGACCUGAUGUUUACAGCGAUACCUUGGGAGUUUGGAAUCAUCCACCCGGAUAGAUUUAUGAGAGCAUAGGUAGCUAUUAGGUAGAAGAUAAAGACACUUUAUCUGAUCUCGACAUGUGUAUUUUCGAACCAUUUCC